UGCGGCUCAGUUUUCUGAAAAUGACUGAUCGACUUUCAACUAUUUCAAGUUUCGGUUUGGCAGUAGAAGGUCACCUUGUUAAAUCGAGUUAGAAGAAGGGCUAUAUAUUUGAUAUAGCGACAUGAUCACGGGCGUUCGGUGCUUUGAUGGAACUUACUCUUGGGAGAUGUAGAACAAGUCAAUUAUGGCAGAUUCAAGUGGUGCAGGCAGUUCUUGCACUGUUUGUCUACCCCUUAUCUUGAAAGCAGAAGAAGAAAUUAGAAAAGAUGGAGUGGAAGAAAUUGCGAAAGACAUUAAACAUCAUCUUCAUUUAUUCCAAAGACACAUUCGUAGUUGGAGAGACUUUUCUUAUGUGAGGGUCAAUGAUGUGACAUUUGAAUCAGGCUUAGUGUACUUGACAUUUGAAUUCAACUCAGAGGAGUCAUUGAAUUCUUUUUAUGCUUGUACAAAGGAUGAAAGUAAUGAAUUAUCAAAAUGUCUUGGACAGUAUAUCUAUGAACAAGGUAUUGAAUUUAUUGCGGGCUUGCCUUUGGGUGCAACCCUAUCAUGUGAGGUAAAGAUGACAAGAAGACACUUCUUACAAGCCAAGCAAAACAUGGCUAAAAAAGAACCAACGACUCAUAAAUCAAAGCAAGAUGGUGGAGAGAGAAAAGACAAAAGAAUAAAUGUUCACUAUGAAAUUGUGACAGAAAAUACAGAGUUGCCUCAAGGCACCAAUAGAGCCAAGCAUGAGGAAUCUGGUAAUACUGAUAGACAAAAACAACCUGGAAGUUAUCCUCAAGAUGAUGGAAAGAAAGACAAUAUAGCAAGAUCAAGUGGCACAGAACAAACCAGAUCUGAUAAAAGUGCAACACAGACACCAAUUGCAAAGAAACAGUUUAUUUUACACUAUCCCCCAGUUCCCAAAGGAUGGAAAAUAGUCGAUAUCUUUAUCGAAAGUGAUAGAUUCAAAAUACUGAAUAAAACAUUGUCUUGUCAUAUUGAUAACCUUUACUCAACAACCAUAGAUAUUCCUUUGAAACUUUUAGAACGCCAUUCAGUUAUGUCAUUCCAUUAUGUUGUUGUCUGGAAGUACACAGGCUUUGGCAGAACAUUUGUUUCUGACCAUAAGGAAAGCAGCAAAACAUUUUAUCUUGAUGAAUCAAACUGUCAUCGUCAUUUAUGGGAGCAGUCUAACAUAAAGAUGUCUGUAGAGGACACUGCCUUUGGAUACAUAGAACAUUUAAAGGACAUUAUAUUUCAUUGUUCUUCAAAUCAAGAGACAAAGUCAACAUGCAUAGAAAUAGAAACAUUCUGUAGCAAGAAGCACUUUUCAAGAGAAGAGGCAUUUGAAAUCUUAACGAUUUUGACAGGCAAACUUUCAGAGCUUGGCUAUAGGCCAAAUGAUUGUCUAAUGUUUCUUGUUAUUGUAAAAUGUUUGUUAACAUCAUAUGAUGUGAUAGUAAGGAAUAAACUUGUUAAUGCAGAAACAGCUAAGAAGCUACUGCAGGCACUGCAAUCAUCUAGUUUAAAUGACGUUCCUUCUUCAAGUCAGCGUGAUAUACAGUCUGUAUACUAUCAAUUCUGCGCGAUAGCAUUAGGUAGCCAUAUGUGUUGUUUGACAUACUUAUGGAUAGCAUAUCCUUUCUAUGAUGAAGAGUAUGUCCUUAAAAGGAUUGAAUCAUAUGUUACGUCUAACGCAAUAAUAUGUCAGAAUUCAGAAACCAUGCUUCCUUUUGCAAACGAACUCUGUUCAAAACUGUACAAAAAAGCUCUAUCUGUCACAGACACUAGCCCUGCAAAAUCUAUUCUGGAAAAGCUAGUUCGGAACCUACCUUUAAACGUAUCAAUGGAUGUAUUUGCCAACCUUUACAGAGAUGAAGAGGCGCUAUCAUCAAAUGAGUCAAACGUUCAAAGUACUAUUUACGGCACUAUUUCUGUUCGUGUUGAGAAAAUGCUUGUAGACUCAAAGAAGUCCAACAACCUUUCAAGUCUUUUAGCAGGCUGGAAAUCUAUUCAGAGAUUCAAAUCCCUUUCGGUAAAAUUCAAAAACAAAUAUGAGCAUGCAAUUAUUCACAUUUUAGAGUCACAAUCAAAUUACUCUGAAUCGGUUCAAGAGAUCAUAGAUAGCUUUAUCUACCAGUUUGGAUUUUUUAAAGAGAAGCCAAAGCAAAAAGAGUUGAUAGAUGUAGUUGUUAAAUCAAAAAAUGCAGAGAUAAGUAAAUUGUUUAUAUCUCUAGCCAACAGCUCUGUUAUGUGUGAAUUAUUUAUGGAACUUGAAACAUCGCAAUUUAGGCAGUAUUGUAUGGCCUUUAUUUCGGGAACUUCACAGUAUAUGGGUCGCGAAUUUACAUUUCGCUAUGUAUGUGAACAUCUUAACAGUAUCUCGCUCAUGCAACAAAUGGAAAGGAGGGCAGAUUUCAGAAAUAUAUGGGAGAACUUGUUGCUGGAGGAAUUGCAAAAAUACAGGUUUCGGGAAGUUCUACAGAAAAUAAAACUUCUUGAAAUAUUGGCUAGAGACAAUCAACAAUUUGGAAUAGUUUUCCUCAAGUACGUAAGAGCAAAUCUGUUGUCAAACAUGGAAGCCUUUCGUCCAGAGGAGUUAUUUCGAUGGUUAGAUGGAUAUAGUGAAUCACCGCAAGUAAAUGAUAGAAUUGCUGCACUGAUUAUUAAUGUUAUGAUUGAUGUGUACGGAUGUUUUCCACCUGAAUGGUCUAUAUUCGAACAAUUCCAACAUCUUCUUGAUCAUGGCACUUUUUGGAGGACACUGUAUUUUUGUGGUGGAGCUUAUUUUGAUUUUGUUAGAGAAAACAACAAUUUCAUCCAUGUUCAAAACUGCAUCAAACAAAUGGUCGAAUUGUUCAAAAAUCAUGAAGUUAGUUAUGACUUUGUAGUAGAUAUCGAGAGCAAUAGCCAAUUAUGUAGGACAACUAAAUCAUUACUGCAGUUGGAGUGUAAACGAGCAGAAAUCGAAAAAUAUUGGUCAGAAGCCUAUAUGAAAUUCAAAGAGGAAAAGGAUAAAUUACGGAAGUCGCUAAAUGUGAUAAAGAUUAUAUGUAAUCAAUUGAAAAAGGGAGACAUAUAUGAAUGUUUUUUGAACAUAUUUGAACACUUAGGCAAAGUUGAUGCACAACUAACGGGUGGAAAGGUCACCGCAAAGGAAUGUAUUCAAAAUAAUUUGAUAUGGAGCAACGUAGAGUCAUUGCCGUCAUUAUGUGAAUUCCUUGAACAAAUAGUGUCCUCCAGUGUGUUUUGGAAUAUUUGCUUGGAGGAUGUAAAAGAAGAAUAUAGGGAAAAGAUAAAUCCUAUAGCAGAUGACACUGACCCUCUUCGCUCAAUUUGCCUCCUGUUUCAAGAUAUUUCUGUACAGGACAAAUACGAAAUGAACAGUGCAAACGCUAUUCAUUUUCUUAAUAUUUUAGCCAAAUCUGGAGUACAAUCAUACAAGGAAGGAUGGACCAGAUUACUAUCAGACAAGACAUUGAAGAUGAAUGACGUUUUGAAAAUGUUUGGGAAAAAGCCAAAUGUUGUGGAUGAGGUGAACAUUGCAAGGAAAACUUUACUAUGUAACAUAAGUGAAGAUAUUGUUAGAACUCUGGAAAGAGUGUAUGCUGUAGAUAAAAUUAAAACCGCAGUACAUUCUGUAACUGCUGUGUUGAAAGCAUUUAAAAUCGAUACCGAUUCAUCAUUUUCAUUGGCUAUUGAGUCGUUUAACCAACUCAGAAAAGGGGCGGCCACAGAUUAUACAUUUUUCGCUGUCAAAGAUGCCCUAGAAAUUAUAUUUUCCGCAACAAAAGACCUUUCAGAUAAUACAAUUAGUAUAAUGAAUGAACUUGGAAAAUCAACUACCUUGAUUGGUUUUCUUCAGGAGAUCGUUGAUGAGGAUAUAAGAAAUUUAAUAGAUGCAGUAGAAGAUAUAUCAGAACAACAAGUUCGUGAGUCGACAGUUUCAGCAUUGAUUGAGGUAAAACGUUACAUUCAACCGAUUCUUAUACCAUCAAGUGAGAGAACUUGCAGUGAGUUGGUUAAUAUACUUGAAUCCCAGACUCGCUCAAGAGGUAAUUCACAGAAACUUCCUGUGAAAAUAGCAGAUUGUAUGGGUCAUCUUCACAACCUGAAGUCUUUGUAUAAUAAUGUUGCAAAUAGAGGAGAGCAAACAAAGGAAAUGAUAAAGAAUAUAAACCACAGAGGUACAUUUAUUUUUCAGUUAAAUAAGGAAUCUGAUUUUGUAGAUUUUGAAGUUAACUACAAACAGAAUAAAACAAAAGAAGUGCGUCAACGCUCGACACUCACGGAUUUGAGAAGUCGAGCACUUCUUUUGAUGAACACAGAAAGGAAAGAAGUUGGUGGAAGUCAUGUUCAGUCAGAGGAAUUGUCAGAUUUUGUGAAUUAUAUCAAUUUAUGUCUGGAUAUUGCUGACUGUCUUUUUGAACUGUAUUCAACAGGACACACUGAGGAUAUGCGAAUGCGGACUGUAGUUAGACCAGCUGAACUUGGAGAUAAGAAAAUUGCUUAUAAUAAUAUUUUGAAAACUUGGUUGUAUGAUCUUCAGGUCGAACGGAAAAAACACUAUCUUAUGAACUUUGUCCAUGGCACACAAAUUCAAGUUCUGUACAGAUACUUGGAGGGAAAUGAAAAGGAUGUUUCAGCUAUUCACACCUUGUUAAAAUUCAUACACCCAGCUAUGCAUGUUGGAAGUCUUCGAGAAUUUUAUCAAACUGAAAAGGCCUCUUUUAUAGAAGAUGAAAACAAAAUGCUCCAUUGUAUUGGCGCAACAUUGACUAAAGCAUUUAAUGGACUAGCACUGUAUGAACGUCCAAUUACAGUAGACAUGUAUUCAAAAAAGUUUACAGACCGAGUUCAAGCAAGUAAACUCCUUGUUGCUCAGUUGGAAGAUGGGAGCGUUAAUACGGUAAAGACAGUUAUUGGUCUUUACUUAAAUACUACACAGCGUUUGCCAGAGCCUAAUCAAGUAUUGUUUUGUACAAGAUCAACAACAAAAGAUGAACUUGACCUACUUAUCAGAAGGUGUUUAGGAGGUGAAACAUUUUAUAAAGUUACACAACUCUUCUGUAUAGCUAAUGUUGAAUUGUUAUCCAAUGAAAUCCAGUUUGGCUUGGUUGAUACUUUGAGACACCUUGGCAAACACCAGAAAUAUUUUUUAGCACUUGUAUGUAGAGGCUCAAGAAAUCAUCCUUUUAUUGAUGAGUUGAAUGACUUUGUAACAUCUGUCACUCCAGCUACAGACAAAACAGUGCGUCAGAUAUUCAGGGAACAUUUUGCGUGUGUCUCAACGAUCACUUCAGAUAAAGCAGGUCAGGGAAAGACCAGCUUUAUCCAUAGUGUUGCACAUACAGACGAAAAAAGUGUUGCAACAUUACACAUUAGUGGCCCAAUGAGAAAAUCUACUUUAGUAGAGAAACUGCAAUCUAUGAAUGUGAAAGAAUUUCAUUUAUUGCAUAUCGAUAUUGGCAGUGUUGACGAUGCAACAGAAUUGGACACAUUUAUAUUUGAAUUGGUUGUUCUCCGUUUCGUGUCUGCAGCUAAGGUUUCAUUUAGCUUGCGAACACAUGAUAUCAAGAUAGAAAUAGCAAAUACUAUCCAUGAUACAUUGAGAAAUGCUCUUCAAACAGCUAUGCUAUUCACAAGGAAUCAUGUUGAAUGGAAAGGAAUCAGUUCUUUCGUUGUCAGCAAAGAAAUCUAUAGCCCUACACAGGUUGUAUGCAAAUACUUGGACAGUCUAGAAAAGAAUAUAAUUGACAAAUUUGAUUUAAUGGUACUGAAGGCAGACUUUAGUCCGUUGUCAAAGACUUAUUGCAGACGUUUACUUGAGAAGUAUUUAGAUGAUUCUCUUUUCACAUCCUAUCCCAUCAUACACACAUUCUUAAGUGUUCUUGCUGAUCAGCUUAAAAAGUUAUCACAGAGCUCUUUCUUCCGUGUUUCACGACUGCGAGAUAUGGUAGGGAGCAAAACACCAUUAACUGUGAAAAGCAAACUUGUUCUGGCAAUGAUGCAAAUGUCUCUAGAGUUUGCAACAAGAUCUGUCACAGAAUGCAGAGAAGCCCAAUGUUCUACUGUAGGAACGGGAUAUGAUGUCGAGGACAGUGAAAUCGAACCAGUUACUCUUGCUUCUGAAAGUGUUGAUCGUGUGAGUGGAAUGAUCAGGUGGGAGGAGAGUAAUCAUCAAGUAUUUGUUUUUCACAAUCAGAACAUUCAGACAUUAUCAGCAUUGUAUAGAAGACUAGACAAAGUAGAGGAAGCUGUAAAAAUUCUAUUUGAAAGCCAGAUGAAGAAAAAAAUGGAUGAUUUUUCUAUAAUGAAUCAAGAAGCUCUUCAAAGUAUAUUGCAGAAGGUUUCACGUACAAAUCCUUUACCAUUACCUAGCAAGAAGCUUAUCAGUCUUUCCAAUGAUUACGCCCUUACAGCAGACAACCUUUUGAAGAUGGUUUUAAUAAUGUUAAGGAUAAGAGCAAAUGUGCCUGUUAUAAUAAUGGGAGAGACUGGGUGUGGCAAAACAUCACUGAUUCGUUACUUGGCACAAAUUUGUGAAGUAGAAUUUGAUGUCAUGAAUAUACAUGCUGGUGUGUCAGCAGAUGAAAUUCUUAGAAGAGUACAUGGUGUAAACGAACUAGCGCUUAAAGAUUUAAAAUCAGAAAGAUGGCUUUUCUUGGAUGAAAUAAACACAUCAGAAAGUAUAGGAAUGAUGAGUGAUACAAUUUGCCAUCAUACAUGUCUUGGGAAAGAGUUGUCUCCAAAUUUAAUUAUAUUAGGGGCAUGUAACCCAUAUAAACUAAGAACUUCCAAAGCAAUAUCAACAGCAGGCCUGGACAGUAAAGUGGUUACAGAUGAACUCUCCAGGCUGGUAUACAGAGUGCUACCUUUACCAGAUAUGUUGGUUGAUUAUGUAUGGGACUUUGGCAGCUUGAGUGAAGAAGAUGAAAACAAAUAUAUUUUCAGAAUGACAUAUGAUGUGUUUCCUAGUGAUUCAGAUUUACAUAGUGUAUUGACGAGCCUUUUGUCGGCAUCUCAAGCAUUUGUUAGAGAUAAGGAAUCUUCUGCCUAUUCCGUUAGCUUAAGAGACGUACAAAGAUGCAAACAGUUGACCAAGUGGUUUCAUGAAAUCCUGACUAAAAAAGGAACACUGAAAGGCACUAUACGUUUCCAGUGUGACAUUUCAUGCAGAGCAAUUAUCUUAGCCCUUGCCCAUUGCUAUCAUAGCCGUUUUGCUGACAAGUUAUUAAGAAAGCUUUACCGUGAAAUCAUAGCGAAAGUAUUUGCUAUGCACGGUUAUGAUUUCUGUGAAGGACAUGAAGAUUUUAUACUUGGAGUUAUUAGAGAGGAGCAAAAAGAUAUUUUGGGAAGAAUGGAGCUUCCACCAGGUACUGCUUGCAACACUGCGCUCCAAGAAAAUGUGUUUGUUAUACUUGUUUGUAUUUUUAACAGGAUACCUAUCUUUGUUGUUGGAAAACCUGGUUGUAGCAAGUCACUUGCAAUGCAGCUCAUACGAAGCAAUUUAAGAGGAAAAGACUCUAAGGAUGAAUUCUUUAAAUCUUUACCACAAUUAUAUUGUGUUUCUUUUCAAGGGUCUGAAUCAUCAACUUCUGAUGGGAUUUUUAAGGUGUUUGAAAAGGCUGAAAAGUACCAAAUUUCAAAUAGCCGGGAAGAUGUCUUGUCAGUUGUCAUUCUAGAUGAGAUAGGUCUAGCUGAGAUAUCAAGAUUUAACCCCUUGAAAGUUUUGCAUAAUUUACUAGAACCAGAUGGCAAAAGUCAACCUAAUGUAGCUGUAGUCGGUAUUUCAAAUUGGGCUCUUGAUGCUUCAAAAAUGAAUAGAGCAAUCCAUCUUUCACGUACUGAAAUGGAUAUUGAAGAAUUGUUUGAUACUGCUGUCUCAAUUAGUGAAUCAUUUCUCGACUCAGAGGCAUCAAAGUCGGAAUCACUUUUUGAAGGGAGUAAUAUGGGUGAUUCUGUGCCAGCCAAUGAUAUUACAAAUGAAUUGCAUGGUAUGGCUGAGGCAUAUUUCAACUACACCAAACAAAUGCGGUUUAAGAAUUUCCAUGGUCUGCGAGACUAUUAUUCUCUAGUAAAGUAUGUUGCUCGCGUGUUUGCUGAAAAGGGGAGUGAUUUAAAUGAAGCUGAAAAGGCAAAUGUGAUAAUAUUGGGACUUGAAAGAAAUUUUGGCGGAUUGCCUGCAGAAAAACAAACUUUGAAUGAUGUGUUUAGAAGAUUUACUCCUUUAUCGUCCUUAUCAAAACAUACGGUUGUUGAUUUGGUAACGCAAAACGUUCAGGAUCCAAUAGCGAGACACUUGAUGCUUAUAACAACAGGCGAGUCAGUACUUGGAAUAAUUGAACAGAAAAUGCAUGAAAUUGGUUGUGAAAGAAUUGAAGUAAUUUAUGGUAGUCAGUUUGAAGAAGAUUUAACUGACGAUUACAACUACAGGAUUUUAAGCAGAAUAAUAUUAUGUAUGGAGGAAGGUGUCAUUUUGAUAUUGAAAGAUUUAGAAAGUAUUUACGGCAGUCUGUAUGAUAUGUUAAACCAAAACUAUACGACAAUUGGGAAAAAGAGAAAUUGUCGCGUUGCAUUAGGGCCUUAUAGCAAUCCUAUUUGCCAUGUUGCAGAUUCUUUCAGAUGCAUUGUCUUAAUUGAUGAAACCAAAAUUGAUAUGUCAGAUCCUCCCUUUUUAAACAGAUUUGAGAAGCAAUACUUGCGAUUCUUCGAUAUUAUUAACGACCCACAGAAGGCGCUUAUCUCAGAGAUCGAAUCAUGGAUCGACGAGUUGACAUCGCUAGGAUCUAGUAAACUCAGUAAACAUGAUAUAUUUCCAAUUUACAGUGAGGAUAUGGUCGCUUCAUUAGUACUUAGGUAUGACAAAAGAUUUAAAUUAGCAAAAGAUAUGUCAUGCGAAGUAAUUGAGAAUGAAACAGUUUUCCGAGAAUGUAAGAAGAAAUUGCUAUGGGUUAUUAAACCGGAAAUAGUCAUACGCAUAAAAUCAACAAAUCAAGUACUUGGUAAAAGCAAUUCUCAUGACGUUGUUGGAGAUUACUUCUCUUUGCCUGUUCAUGGUGGCCUCAACGAAUUGAUAUCAUAUCAUAUGGAAACACAGGCUACCGGCGCCGGACAUUUAUCAGUACUCUUUACAAACAGCAAUGUCCAUGCUAAAGUACAUCAGUUAAUAGAAGAUUUAAAAGUACAAGUGGAAAAGGUUGGUGCCUUUAAAUCGGAAAAACAAUUAUCAUCUAAAAUACAAUUCUUCUGGGAAAGAGAUGACUGUCAAAUUCUUGUUGUACAAUGCAAUGCAAAAGAAGACGAAAGGCAUAUAAUGCUUACUAAACUGGUAAUUGAACGGUACAGACGUGAGUAUCAACGUAAAGAUUUCACGCAACAAAAGCAUGUUUAUUUUAUUGUACAUUUAGAUAGAAGUACAGGCAAGUCAAGUUGUGUUACUCAGCUGAACUUCUUGUCCGAUUGGAAUUUAAUCAUGAUUGAUAGUAUUGAUUGUCCAAAGAUAAAGCUGCCAGACUUAUGCAGUAUGCCUUUGCUUGAUGCAAUACAACAAAAGCGACCUUUUUACGACUACCUUAAGGAUGAAUUAUUCUGGGCUUUUACAAGAAUAAAAUACGAAGAUCAAAGUCGUAAUGUAAAAAGCUUAACAGAUAUCAUCACGAAAAUGGAAAGUUCUUCUGAAUUUUUAGAAAUAUUAGACAAAGAAGUGUGGAGUUGGAUUUGGAAAAAUAAAUCGGGAAAUAAAGAUAAAAACUGGCAGUUAACAGUUGCUUGUGAUACAACGCUGUUAAGCACUUCCUCUAGUUUUGUUAAUGCACUGGAAACAUUUGUCCUUGGAGUUAUCAAGAUGCCAUUGUCAAAGUAUAUUUAUAGUUUUGAAUUGUAUGGUAUUUUAGAUAGUUUUUUUUCGACAGAGAAACGAUAUACAUCAAGUGGUUCAUUGAUCGACAAUAAUGAGGAAAGGCAACAAGCGUGGGUAAGCUUAUUGCAAGACACUAAUGUGUUUUCUCUUAAUGGUAUACCAGAUGAGACAGGUCCAGAAUGCUACACUUGUCCCACUCAUGACUUAUCAUUGAAAAUGCCGUUUAGCUUACGGAUCUUUGAAAAGGUAGAGGAAACAAAAGAUAAUUUCUUAGAAAUUGUCCAGUUAUAUAAAACGCAAUGUCUCCUUGAAGAUGAUGAAGAAUUACCCAACGAAGUAUAUGAAGAAGUUCUAUGUCAGCAAGAAAGUUUUAUUGUUCAAAAGUUACCAGAUUUAAACAAAUUUUUGUAUAAAAUGUGGGGUGAUGAUUAUCUUGAUGAUUUUUGUAAUGUAUGUUCCCACAAAGUAUGUCCUAGUAUGUAUAAAAGACAAAGAACUGAAUAUGCAAAACUGAUAUUGGCAAAGCAUAUCAAGAUGGAUUAUGAAGACUCAUUUAAUUUCGUCAUUCGCUUGCACACCACAUUUUGGGUACAGUUCCCAUAUUUCAGAGCAAAGAUGAUGCUUAUCGAGGCAAGCUUGAAAGUGGUUCCGGGAAUGGAAAGUGCGAUAAAGAAAACAUUGUCUGGUUCUCUUUAUAUUUGUACAGCAACAUCCAAAAUCACUCAAGAUGUUUUGCUAGAGAUACAGACUGGGGCAGUAAAUACUGAACUUACUAAGGCCAAUGGACUCUCUGAAGGAUCUUCAGAGUAUAUGGUACUUCAAAAUAAAUGUGCAGAUGAAAGUAUCGACUUAGAAAAAACAACUAUUGAGGGAACCGUAUUAAGUUAUGAUACAUUGAGUAGUACAAGCGAAAUGGAUGAAGAAAAUGGAAAAUGCAAAGAAGAUUUUGAGGAAAAGGAAUUUGCAGAAUCAGAUGAUGAAAAGUCUCUUGAAAUGGUUCCUGAACAACUUCAUAAUUCUGGGGAAUUUUACAUGGAAGAAUUAGAAGAUAUUAAACAAGAAACAGUUUAUUCAAAUCCUAGUGAAACUUCUUUAAGAACAGAGCCACAUACCGAUGAAACAGAUACAGACGUUAACACUUUAGACAUGAAGCAUGAAAUGCCUCUUUCAGAUAACGAGUGCCUUGUACAACUACUUUGUCAAAAGAUGAUCCCAACAUCUGACACGAUAAGUUUCCACGGAGGCGUAUUAAAUUGGUACAGAAAGGUUUCUAGUACCCUUUCCUUAGCAUAUCAGGUAACCCAAACCACAAAGCUGCUGUAUGCACUGAAAAUAUGUACUGAACUCUCUGCCGAAUUGAUAAUACCAUUUGGUUUAGAUGAUAAGUUAAUGGAAGAUAUUGGAAACGUUCUCGAUCAAGGAUUUGACUUAGAUUCAAACGAAGUGUUUGAACAGAUCAAAUCUGUUUUUGAUGCGGCAUUAAAAAAUGGAUCAGAUUUAGAUUGUACAAUUUCAACAACAUGCAUGAAAAUGCUUUCUUCAUACUUGAUCAUGUGCAUAUAUUGUGAGCCAGAAACAUCUGCAUUGAAUUUUAUGUAUACUUUAAUACUUAAUGAUUAUAUUCGCGAAGAACAUAUUUACCUGCUGAAGGCACCAUUGUGUUUGUCUCUAAGUCUAGUUGAAAGGGAAAUCUUUUUUGAUUUGAUACAUUCUCAGUCUGAAACUGACGAUGAUUCACAGCACGAUGAUUCAGAGCAUAGCGAUUUGUCAGAGAUUGGAGAUGACUGUCCUUUAUUUGAAAAUCUAAAUCAGGUUAUAUCUUCUCUUUGUGAAACAAAAGACAUCGGGCACAAAUUCAUUGUACUUAUAGUUGAUAUGUUUCAAAACAUGUUCACAGAAUACCUCAGAAAAGACGUCGAAAAUAAAGAGUCAGUUACCGAGGUUGACGCCAAGUCUUCGUUUUCUCAAGCACAGGCAGAGGAAAUUUUUUUAGCAUGUCACAUGAUUCUCCGUAAGGAAAUUGUUGGUAUUCGCUAUGUUGCAGCAGUUGGAUACUUCAAAGCUUACAUUGAUUUCAUAGUUAGUCAGUGGAAUAUGAAAGAAGGGGUAGAUUCAAACAUAGAAAUAUUAGAUGCUGUCCUAUCAGAUGACACAAAUGCUGGUUUGUAUCAAAAUGCUAACAUAUUUUUUAUCAAAAUGAUGUCAAGAAACAGCAGCUUAAGCCGUGUUGAAUCAUUUUGUCAAACAUAUUCCAACGAAUAUAAAUGUUUUAAGCAGAUGCAGUGGACUGAAAGUUACUGUAAACAAUGUGUUGAGAAGGCACCACUUUGUAUAUACAUCAAUAAAGAUAUGCAUGAAAAAGUAACAUUAUGUAGAAACAGUUCUGAUAUUAGUGCAUACAAAGACGAAAUACAAAAUAUUGUAAUUGAAGCAAAGGAAAGUGUUGAUGGCUUAUUAAGUAUGUUUUCCUUGGCAAUUAAUGAGUUUUACCUCUGCCGUGUAUCAGCACCAUUAGAUGACACAAAACGCACAAAAGCAUCAAUAUUUUUGAAUGAAGUGAUAGGACAGGGAUUUGAUAACGAAGUUGUAAGCUUCUUACAGUGCAUUACUGGAGAGGAAAAUUUCUAUUUUGAUGUGUUUAAUCUUACAGAAGAAUCUUCGGAUACUCAGUUUUAUAAAGUGUCAUUUCUCUCGUCCCUUUAUGCCGUCGUGCUUGGAAAUUUUGCCUUUACUGAAAGAAAAUUGAUGUCAAUUUUUAUGAAAUGUCUAUGCGUUCCGUUGAACCUGAAAGACUGUAUGUUUCCUGGAUUUCACAGAAGCAACAACAAAGGCAUUUCAAGCUUAUCUGCUUCAGGUAUGUGUGCAAAAAUAGCCUUAUGUUCAUGUGGAAAUCAAGUUGCAUUUUAUGACAACAGAGAAGUGUUUAUAUGUCCAGUUUGCAACAGUAAAUUUGACGAUGUGAAAAACAGCGAUGACAUAGUAGAUGAGACAGACUUGGAAUGUUUAUUUUCCGUGAAAACAGAUUUAGAUCUCUUAGAAUUUUCUCAAGGUAUGCAUCCAGUAUCACUUCAUGUUGUUCAAUUGGUCACAAAGGCAUGCUUACUUGGCUCAAAGGCAUUGAAUCCAAGCGAUCCUCCAAAUAUUGAAGAAAUAACAGGUGUUCCAGACGUCAACGUGUGCGAGGAGCUAUGGAGUGCUAUUGGUAGUCACUGGGAGACACUUCGACGACUUUUGAAUGUAGAAAAUAGCCUUUUGUUCGUGUUUUUGCAAGCUAUUUUAUACGAAUCAACGGAUUUGAUAUGUAAUGCUAAUUUAUCAAAUACUUUAAAGGAAUUACUGUCUUGGGAAAAACAGUUUGAUCACAUUAUUGGUGCUGUUCUAGAGAAAAGGUUUACUCACAUACAACAAAUCAUCAAAAGGCAUGACGGUUUACAUGACUUUGGAGAAGAAGUUAUGGAACGACGCAUUUACGAAGUUGAUACUGAAGACAGUUUAUCAGACGAAAGAGCCUUAUACAGGACUACUGUUGUUCCUGACAAAGUAAGUUUUGUAUCAGAAUUAUAUCUACAACGUGAUGAAUUUCGCUUACUGACCUUUGUCCUUCAGAACGAGGAAAAGCUCAACCUACCUGAACACAUUUUUAACAUUAUAAAUUGGCAUAUGGCAACGAUUGCAAAUUCAAAUUACAUUCUUAAAAAGUCUGAAUGCCUGAAAAUGAGUGCUCAAGACUUUAUUUAUAACAAACAAGAAAGAAGCAAAGGACAUUCUGUCAUAGUUUGGGACCGAUUUGAAUCUUUUAGGAAGUCGUGGGACUAUUUGAUUGACAAUAUGAGUGACAAAGGUAUUGUUUCGAAAAUGAAGCGCAUUCAUAGCGAAAGUAAAAUGUUUGAUUGUCUAAUUUUGAAUGAAAAAUCAGUAGUAUUUGAAGUUCUAAAAACACUUGUAGAUAUACAGAAUAGCUUGGUUACAGAAGUACUAACAGUUGCUAACUCGAGCAUUGCAUUGCAGUUCCUCUUCCGAGAAAUGAAUGUAGCUGUCUUUCCAAGUGUACAAAUAAUGGAUAUCAAAAGUGAGCAGCUAUUAACAAACAAAAUAAACUGGCAAAUACUACUAGGACAAGAAUCACAAUGCGAUUUGCGAUAUGGACACGGAAGGUUUAUACAUUAUUAUUUUGAAAGCAUAGAACAGUCUGUUGCCGUUGAUGUAUUUUCAGGUAAAGCUUUUAUUCAAAUGACAAAGGGAUUUCCAAAGAUAAUUUUCAAAGACGAACUACACAAGAAUUAUUCCUCAUUGAUAAGAGAACUGAAAUUAAACAUUCCACAAGAAUCACUUCCGUCGGAAAUAGUAAAUGGAAUCAAGUCGAGAAAAGAAGAGGACCCACGAAUGGCUACUCAGCUUCUGACACACUUAGGUAUUGUAAUGUCAUUACUAAAGAAGACAAGAGGUGACCCAGAUCUCCCUCUUGUAGAGUAUAUAAACAAAUGGAAGUCUCUAUUUGCUGAUAGUUUUCCGAAAAAACUGUUGCCUAGCCCAGACACUUCUACGAAGCUGUGCCAUGUGAUCGGGCUCAGUGAAUUACUGGAGGAGCUAUGUGCUGAUUCUGUAAAAAAUGGCUUGAAUGAAGAAUUUAGAUGUAAACUUGACAGACCUAUUAUGGAUCAAAUAUUGAAGACCCUUAAAGAGGAACGUUUAGCUAAUGCAUUUCUCAAGGCUUUAAAGCGGUUCACAUACAGAUGUCUUUCAUCCCGCACGGCGAGCUCUAAUCAGACAUUAAGAGAAUAUCUAUCAGAUGACACCUUUUGGCCAGACGGUUGUCUUAUAGACGGAUAUUUGAUCAUCAACGAGAAACAUCUUAAACUGACUGAUGUUCUACCUGACGGGUUAAUGGUACGCCAUACAUUCGCAUGUCUGACUGAAAUGGAAAAGAAUAUUGAGAAACGUCGCCAAGAAGAUAUAAAACUGACGGCAUUCGCCACAAGCUUUAAGACAAACAGAGCAAGUCCAGCUGUAAAAGCAACAGAGAAGAAACGAAAGGCAGUGAAGUAUCGCAAGUUUUAAUACUUGUUUGUAAAUAAUAUGGACUGUGUAGAAGUCGUCAACACUAUAGAUAGUCUAACCACAGUACUUUACCAAGAUGUGAUGUGGUGUGAUGUCCAAUUGUUUUGUUUGUAUAACAGUGAUCUGACUAUUCUUACAAAUUGACAAUAAAAAGGAGAAAUUCAUUCUUUCUUUCAAAUAAAAAGAUUAUCUUAAAACUUUCAAUAGUAUAAUUGUUUACAUUGCCAUAUAUACUUUUAAUGUUGUAAUAUCUUUUUGUGUUUUGACAUAUUAAGAUGACUUGUGACUUAAAUUAAAUGUGUUUAUAUUUCAUAUUAUUGUUUAUAUUCACCCUGUAAUAAUCUAUACUGUAAUGUAAUGGACUAUUAAUGUUUUAUUGAUACAUAAAUAAGUUUUUAUCAUCUUUACUUCAUUUUGUUGUAAAUAAAUAUGUUUUUGUUUUGACUAAGGUUCCUGAUACUUUUUAAUGUAAUGUUGAAAUAUAUAUAAAUUUUGUCCUACUUUGAAUUAAAGAGAUACAGAAUGUUUACUUAUUAGUUAGACAAGCUAUGUUUUAUGCUAGUAAAUAUACCGGUAUGUAUCUUAUGUUAAACUGUUUCAGCAUCAGUUUGAGUUUAUGUCUUUUGAGCAUUAUUGCUAAAAGGGAUUUCUCCAAAUGCAAACAUGUAACAUGUUGCUAUAAUAUAUUGAUAAAGUAA